AUGUGUUGUCCAUGUGGGUGGUCCAUGAGUUUGCAUGUGCUGUCCAUGUGGGUGGUCCAUGAGUUUGCAUGUGUUGUCCAUGUGGGUGGCAUAUGUGUUGUGCAGGUGUUUUCAGGAGCUGAUGUGACAGACCACAGUGUGCUUGCUUAGCAUAGCUUUGGGUACGCUGUCCGUACAACGGCUCAAACCCUGGGCACAAUGCCUCGCAAACACGUGAACGCCCGCUUGACAAUGCCUUUAGCCAGCUGCGCCACAGAAAAGCUUUCAAUUGUUGUUUGUGUUUCAGGAGAUGGACGACAAGGUGAUCAGUCCAGAGAAGGUUGAGGAGGCCAAGUUGAAGGCUCGCUACCCAAACCUGGGGCACAAACCUGGAGGCUCCGACCUGCUACGCAAACGCCUGACCAAGGGGCAAAAGUAUUUUGACUCUGGGGACUACAACAUGGCCAAGGCCAAGGUGAAGAACAAGCAGCUUCCUGCAGCCACGUCAGAGAAGAGCGGAGGAGGAGAGAUCACAGGAGACCAUAUCCCUACACCUCAGGACCUGCCGCAGAGGAAACCUUCCCUGGUGGCCAGCAAACUGGCCGGCUGAUACACACACUGUCCUGUCUCUAACCCUGUCAAUACUCCUAACAAUCACCCUACUACACCUGUUCCUGUCUCACUACCUCCCCCCAUCUACUUCUGCCCCAGAGAGACCCUUCCCUGGUGGCCAGCAAACUGGCACACACCCCUAACUGCCUGUCCCUGGUUCUGUCCCUCAUCCUCUUCACCCAGUCCUCUCUGCUUCCCCUCACCUUCCACUCUGUUAUGGCUCCUUCUUCUUCCUGCUCUUCCUCUCCUCUCCUCUCUGUUCUUGUUUAUUUUCUAUUCUCAUGUAAAAAUACACUGAAAGCAAGGAUGAGGAUGUGUAGAAGGGAGAGAGAGGGAGGACUGAGAUGACUCCACUACAGGAGGAGACUUUAAAGAUGACCAGAACUCUGUGUCCCAGAUGACACCCUAUCCUAUAGAUGACACCCUAUAUAGCCCUGUGGGCCCUGGUCAAAAGUACAGUGUACAAAACAUUAGGAACACCAUUCCUAAUAUUGAGUUGCACCCCCUUUUGCCCUCCGAACAGCCUCAAUUCGUUGGGGCAUGGACUCUACAAGGUGUCGAAAGCGUUCCACAGGGAUGCUGGCUCAUGUUGACUCCAAUGCUUCUCACAGUUGUCAAGUUGGCUGGAUAUCUUUUGGGUGGUGGACCAUUAUUGCAACACACAGGAAACUGUUGAACGUGACAAAUCCAGCAGUGUUGCAGUUCUUGACGCACUCAAACUGGCACCUACUACCAUAUCCCGAUCAAAGGCACCUAAAUAUGUCACCCUCUGAAUGGCACACAUACACAAUCUGUCUCAAGGCUUCACAAUCCUUCUUUAACCUGUCUCCUCCCCUUCAUCUACACUGAUUGAAUUGGAUUUAACAAGUGACAUCAAUAAGGGAUCAUAGCUUUCACCUGAUCAGGCUAUCAUGGAAAGAGCAGGUGUUCAUAAUGUUUUGUACACUCAGUGUAUUUAGGGAAUAGAGUGCCAUUUUGGAUGUACACCUGGAGAGUCUGUAACAUAGAAGGGAGGAGGGCCCAGACUGGAGCCACAGAGAUUCUGAAAUGGCACACUAUUCCCUAUGCAGUACACUACUAUCAACCAGAGCCCUAUGUGGCUGCCCUAUGAGCAUCUGGCCCAAAACGGUUACACUACAUAGGGCAUAGUGAUCCAUUUGGGACAGGCAGGCGUUCUCUGGUCUAGAGGGUUGAAUGUCGUCUCCAGUCCUGUUAGCUGAUUGUGUAAAUAUUUCUAGUUGUGUUGGAGAGGAGUGAGGCUGAAAUCAGCCUUUUAGAAUGUUUUAACGUAGAAUAUUAUGAUUUACCAAACACGUUGUUGGUGUUAUGUUGUCGUCUAAAUGAUGCUGUAAUGUGCUUGAGUGAUUGAAUAUAACCUUGAUAAUGACUGACCAGAACCUCUCACUGCUGUUGUUCUGUUUAAAGGCAGAAUGUAUGUCCCAAAUGACAACCUAUUCAUUACAUAGUGCACCACUUUUGAACAGGGUCCAAGGGGCUCUGGUGGUGAGAAGUAGUGCAUUAUAUAGGGAAUCUCCAAUCAUACCCUUCUUUCUGUGUAGUGCACUACGUUACUGCCACAUAGGGCUCUAGUCAAACGUAGUGCACUAUUGGGGAGUUUCCAAUGAGGAUUUACCUCAGUGUUUUACCAAAAUACUCAGACUUUUCUGUUUCCGUCUACCCGUAUCGGCACUCGUGUCUCACUGGGCCAUGGCUCCAGUGGACCUGUUCUGACUUGGAGCCAGGCCCUGGGUACUUAUCAACCUCAUUUCCAUAAUAAUGGCUAACUAUGAACUUUAACACCUUCUCACAAAGCUACUGUCUUGAAUGAUGUAGAGGUUGUUGAUUCUGCCUGCCCCAAGUCUUUAUCAUCAACCUCCUGAUAACACUAGAGCUUACAUUAAAACACUGAUGACCCACUAGUGUAAGUCUCAAUGGAAAAGCACCAACAUGUAUGUCCCCAUAAAACCUCCUGACCAGGAAAAACUCUGGACCCAAUUUGUAACCUCUGGUUUCAGACCAAAGGGAGGGGUGAAUGUCACAGGUUGUUGGUGGACCCUUUAAUUGGGGAGGAUGUGCUCGUGGUAAGGGCUGGAGUGGAAUGGUAUCAAACACAUGGUUUUCAUGUGUUUGAUGCCAUUCCAUCUACUCUGUUCCAUCCAUUAUGAGCCGUCCUGUCCUUAGCAGCCUCCACUGGUGAAUGUAGAUGUAACAGCUGGAUGAUGUGACGGGGGUUCUAAAGACAUCUUCAUUUAGCUCCAAAUUCUUUGGCCUCACACACCCUCAUUCAUCUCUCACACACAGACACACUCCUCUACACCCCAACUCUCACAUACACACACUCACUCCCACUCUCCUUCUUUCUCUCUCACAUACACACCUACCCUCUUUGGCCAGCAUAUCUUUACAGAUCUCAAUCACACCCUAUUCCCUAUAUAGUGCUCUACUGUAUAUAUGCACAGGCCAGUCCACUAGUGGGUGUAGUCAUCAAGGGUCUGAAGCUGAAGGACUGAAUAGUUAAGGUGUGUGUGUAUAUGACUGCCCCCAUCCACAACCCCCCCCCCCUGUCACUUUGUGCCAUUUUGUUUUGUAAAUAAAAUAGUUUUGCACAAAUG